AUGGCUGAUUUAGAAAACAUCGUGCAUGCCACUAAAGGCCGCAUCUACGGACCAGUUGAUGGCUUCUACGAAGCUUUUGAGAACAAACCCUGGUAUCCAGAGCUUAAGUCGCUCAUCGAGAGCCGCAGCCCAGAUAUCCAACAAUUUCUCCCAUCGGCAGGCACAACCAUAAACCUGGAGAAAUUAAACACCCAUCUGAAAACGCUGGAAAAGGAUCGAAUUCGUCAGUACUAUGGCCUGACGAAAAGUCUCAAAAUUCCCAAUCCCAGCUUUUGGCUGGCAGAAGAAUGUGACGGAUGCAGCGAUGCACCUGAUUGGUCCAAGGUCAUGAUGGUCGGCGUGAUGGAUGAUAAAGAUGAUCCUCAAGACUAUCAUCAAGGGCUGUUAUGUUUGAUCUCUCUCGCCGAACGGGUGUUUCUAGACCAGCCAACUCGAAGGUUUUUGCAUGGCAUCUACAUCCGCGACCGUGUCGCCGAACCGUGGCUGUUGGACAGAAUGGGCCUGUACAGCGGUCGACCUUUGGAACUACCCAGUGAAGGAGCUCGUCUUGCCACACUAUUAUUGGGCUACAGCAUGAUGAGCCAUUCCGAGCUGGGAAUGGAUGCUUUCAUACGCGAAGAGGAUGGAAGCAAGUUCAUCGAACUCUCAAACAAUGACCCACAAAGGUUGUUUCUUGAACCGACACCGUUCGUGUGUCCAAACCAGCUGUUAGGCAAAGGUGUGACUUGCUACAAGGCGAGAGAAGAGAGUUCCGGGCCUUGGAAAGCCGUUGUCAAGUUCUGUUGGAAGUCAGAGAAGGAAGAAAUGGAGGAAAAGAUCCUCCAUCUUGUCAAGGAAAGAAAGGUUUGGGGCGUCAUCCAGUUGCUUGAUCAGGGUGAAAUCGAGAGCAUGACAAGCAUUCACCAUGGACUUGCGCUUGGUCCUCCUCGGAAGAUACCUGCAUCGCCCAAUGACGAACAGACACGCGAUGCGAGUUCGAUUGACACUCAAACCAUACUUGGAAAUAGCGAACUGGUCCUUGAACGCAACAACACUUCUGACGAGUCCCGGGUGCUAUCAUACACGAUAACCUCUCCCUUCGGUCGGCAUAUCACUCAGUACAGCAGCAUCAAGGAAUUUCUCGUCGUGCUCCGAGAUGCAAUCAAAGCACACAGGUCCCUCUACACAGAUGGACGCAUACUUCACCGGGAUAUCUCCAUCAACAACAUUAUCAUCACAGAAGCAAAGUCUCCAGGGGAGUCAAGUGGCACGCUCAUCGAUUUAGAUGCCGCAGUCGAAAUGACAGAUAAAAAACCCACUCGAAAGACAAUCACUGGUACCAAGCCAUUCAUGGCCAUUGGUUUAUUACAAGGAGAGGAAAAUGCGUAUCGCCAUGAUCUUGAGUCUUUUUUCUACGUUUUCCUUUUCUCUGCCGCGAUCGAUAGAAAGCUUGGCCUUUCGGCAGAUACGCCGUUGCAGAAGUGGUUGGGUGGAAGUUGGGAUGACUUGGCGGUUCGUAAGGCGGAGAACUUGACUGAUCCUCAAUUUGACAAGGUUCUCGCUGCCUUUCAACCUGACUUUGAGGGAUUGAAAGGUCUGGCUAGGGCGCUGAGAGAUCUAUUCAUUGGGAGCAAGGUUGCAUCUGAGGAUGACGGGAGUCAGCUGUAUGACCAGAUGUUAGCACAACUUGACGGAGCGAUUCUGGAGCAGUCUGAUGGAAAGGCACAAAUCUAA